AUGGCUGCGGCAGCCGGUGUUCCUGCCAUGGCAAAGCUUCGGGCUCUGAGCGCGUCCAAGCGCUCGCCUCUUUCGUCCUCCGCGCUCUUUGCUUCCAGGGCGGGCGUCUUCCGGGGGCCCGCCGGGGGGAGGGUUAGGAGCGGAGGGAGCAGUUCUCUUCGCAUGACGGUGGUGAGAGCAGAGAACUCCCCGGUCCCAGGUACUCCGCCUCCGCCAAUGGAACCGCUGCUCUCCGUUUCUGGAUUCUCGGGGAGAAAUUCGUCUCCGUCUCUGGAUUUUAUGAGGAAAAUGUGAUGAGCGUAACUCGAGCCUGGUGUACUGUAGAUUACGUUCCGGACUCCAAGUUCUACAAGGUUGAGGCGAUCUUGAGGUGACCUCUUAUGGCGUUUUCUCUUGUUAUGCGCGCGGAUUGUCAUCCAUUAUCUCGAAUUGGAGUAUGUAUUGUUUGAGAUCUCAUGCCCUAACUUGCAAAAUCGUCCAACUAUUGGUGGGAUCGGCAAAUCGUAGACCAUGGCGAGUGCCGCAUGUUUCAUCGGUGGGGAAGGAACUUUUGUUUGCCAUAAUCUUUCAUUUAUUCACCGAAUUCCCGGGGUUUCCCAGAACUUACUGCAGAAGAUUUCUCGAUAAACCCAGGCGUUGCUGAAGAUUGGAAUUCGCGGAGUGACAGUUUCUGAUGUUCGAGGGUUUGGUGCUCAGGGCGGUUCCUCAGAGAGGCAAGCUGGUGAGGCCCCAUGCCGUAGGACGGUGUUUUCUUUCUUUCUACUUUAGGUGCAGUAAGAUAAUACUUCUCAGAAUUCUUAUGCAUGGAUUAUUUCUCGUCUCACAGUGAUGAAUUUCUGCUCAGCACAGCUUCCUAUUGUUACAGACCUCAGAUUAGAUUUUAACCAAAAUGGCAAAUUCCUGAUUCAUUUAUCCUUAUUAUACCAAGAACAUCACGCCAUUACUCAUCAAUUUUCCAUGAUAGGCGAUGCUAGGUAGCGUCUCACCUGAAUUCCUCAUGCCCUGAAGGAUCUCCCUGCUCUUCCUAUAAAAUUUCCCUGGUAAUAUACAGCGAUGAAGAUUUGGGGGGGGGCUCUUCUCAGCUAAGAAGUCCUGGGAAUUGUAAUGAAUAUACCUGUUCUUUCCUUCUUCGUUCUUGUUCUUCUUUAUGUUUGUUUCGGAUGCUAAGGGUAAGGCACGGCGCCCUUCAGUUCUUCUUCCUAGUCUAAAUCUGUGCAGUGAUGGGGCAAGUAGAAACCUCUGUGAAACAUCUCCUCAUGCUUUUAUAGAUUUUUCUUUACUGUUACUCUCUGUGUAAAAGUGCAAAAGAAAAGGACAGAUUUUACUUGUUGGAUAAUAUGUUCUUGUCGGCCAUUUCCUUUCAGGAUCCGAGUUUUCUGAGGAUAACUUUUUGGCAAAGGUGAAAAUGGAGAUUGUCGUCUCUAAAGACCAGGUAGAUGCAUGGCCUUUGAUUAAUUGGAAUAAAAUAACAUAAAGUGUUCAUGUCCUAGUGUUCUACCAAACAUGGGAAUCGAAAAUGUGUUGGCAUGGACAGCUUUUCAGUGCGUGAUUCAUACGAACUAAAAUGUAUAAAAUUUCAAAUAACUAGCGAUUCAAAAAUACGCAGGAACACCGCUCUCAGCCACUUUCUGGGACAUAUCAAUGCUAAGCUCUGUAAUUACGACGCACAAAUUAUUUGAGAGUAGAUGGUGAACAGAUAGAACAGUUACAUCCCUUUUAAGAGUUAAUCGACUUUAUUAUUAGUUCGUGAUGUAGGAUAAUUGAAUUUCCAUUUUCAGUACAUAUUUUCUCGUCUGAUAGUUAUUCACCAUGUUGUUCACCAAUUGGAUAAAUUGACGUCAUUAAUGUCUGUAAGAAAUCGUCUGAGGAUGCUCCCGCAGGUUGAGUCAGUGAUCGAGAAGAUAAUUGAAGAGGCCAGAACUGGAGAAAUCGGUGAUGGGAAAAUUUUCUGUGAGUCUUCACUUCUCUUAGUCCUUUAGGCGUGGAGAUCAGAUGCUUCUUCUUUCUGUUUGUUUCUUGAAACCUUUGAAGAGGAGGCCGUUCAGUUAGUGAGCCUCCAGAGAAUUCUCUGCACUAUUCCCAGAAUCCUGAAAGAAUCUUGCAAAUGCCUUGAUAUCACGAAAUCUUUUGAUGAUUAAUCCUGAACACCUCAAUUGUUGAAAUUAGUUUCCUACAAUGCCCGCUGGAAAUGGUCUAAUGGCGGAUAAUUUUUCAACGCAUUUUUAUUUUUUUUUUGGUCUGUGCAAAAACUUACCCAAAAAUAGAUGGAAGUUUUGUUGAAUCGAUCAAUCUCAGACUAUGGCGAUGAUUGUAUAAAAAACCAUUUGCUAGAUUAGGAGUUGGAAUUCUAGUUACAGGGAAGAAUGAACCGCAUAAAAAGAAGAAGACUGGAGACAGCUUUUCUCGUCACAAAACUGAGUUCCUAACGAGCCUCUGCAAAUUUCUCACCGUGAAGUCUGAAGAUUCUGUGAGAAUUCGGCGUGUGCUUUCAAAUCAUGAGAUUAUUUUAGUAUUAAAGGGGACCGCAUUGAUAAAGUUUCAAAGUAUCGUUUAUUAUAUAGCUGAUCCUAUUUCGAUCUUUCACAUCCAUGUGGGCAUUAAUUCCCUAAAAUCCACAAUUGGAGCCGGUUUAGUGAAGGAUAAUUUUCCCAUUUUUAUUUUUCUAUUCUGCGAAAAUAUCUUUCUUGUGUUAUAUCUGCGGGGUAAGUAUUUACAAUUAUCUGUAAGUUUUGGUGAAUCAGUCAUGUUAAGAUAACCAAAACCUCCAAAUGAGGAACGAUUGAACCACUAGCUCCGAAUUUUAUUCAUGUUUUUUCGAUGUGGGUCUAUUUUAUUUAUGCUUGAGACGAUCUUGAGGUGACUUGUUCAGGCGUGGAGAUCGGAUCCUUCUUCUUUCUGUUUGUUUCUUGAAACCUUUGAAGAGACAGAAGAUAAGGCCGUGCAAUUAGAACACUCUAGAGAGUUAUCUGCAUUAUUCUGAAGAUCCAGAAAGAAUCUUGCCAAAUGCUUUGAUAUCACAAACUAGACUGAGGAUUAAUCUCAAUCACCUCAUUUGAGAAAUCAGUUUCCUACAACGCCUGCUGGAGCUGGUCUGAGUAGAGGAUAAUUUUUCAAUGUAUAUUGUUCUACUAUGCAAUUUUCUUUUUCUUUUUUCAUCUGCGCAAAAUCUACUUACAAAUGGAUGCAAGUUUUGUUGAAUCAAUCCUGUCAAAAAAUAACCAAAACCUCCACCUUAGAACCAAUUUAACCUCCGGGUCCGAAAUUUAUUUAUUUAUUUAUUUAUUUUAUUAUAUGGGGGGCUAAUUUAAUGAAACCUUGUCGCAAGGUGAGAAUGCUUGAAUGGUUUUCUUGUGGAGAAGAAUUGUGAUGGGCUCUGUUUUCUGAUUGCAGUGCUGCCAGUUUCGGAUAUAAUCAGAGUUAGAACAGGUAAGCAAGCCUCCACCUUUGAUGACUUUUAUUGCCAAUAAAUGUUUCCUCUUCCGCACCUUCUCUCUAAGGGUGCAGACUUUCGCAUGACAGCGGGCCGGGGUAAGCCCAACGCCCGACUGGCCCUUUUUUGGGCUUUUUCUCCCUGGCCCGUUGACUUUCCCACUUAUACUUGGAGAUUUAUGGAUACAUACAUAUAUACAUCCAUCUGGGUGAUGGAAAGCUGUGAUUUUGGCAGGAGAGAGGGGAGAGAAAGCGGAGCGGAUGACCGGCGGCCAGGCGGACAUCAUCUCCGUCGGGUCCAAUUGA